CAACCCAACCCACUCCCAAAUCCCAAUUACCAUUAUUUGCUUAAGCAUGUAUCCCAAACACAAAUCUUCCUAUAAAUAUCCAACCGCUGUCCAAAUCGUCAGCUCCGAUCUUCCGUGAUUUCUCUCUCUCUCUCUCUCUCUCUCUCUCUCUCUCUCUCUCUCUCUCUCUCUCUCCUUCACGCUCUCUGAACCAAAAUGUCGGACGCUUACUGCGGCGAUUGCAAGCGGCAGACGGAGGUGGUGUUCGAUCACUCGGCGGGCGACACCGUGUGCUCGGAGUGCGGCCUGGUGCUCGAGUCCCACUCCAUCGAUGAAACCUCCGAGUGGCGCACCUUCGCCAACGAGUCCGGCGACAACGACCCCGUCCGUGUUGGCGGCCCCUCCAACCCUCUCCUGACCGACGGCGGCCUUUCCACCAUGAUUUCUAACCCUAAAGGCGGCUCCGGCGAUUUCCUCUCCUCCUCCCUCGGCCGCUGGCAGAAUCGCGGCUCCAACCCCGAUCGUACCCUCAUCCUCGCCUUCAAGACCAUCGCCACCAUGUCUGAUAGGUUGGGACUCGUUGCAACCAUCAAGGAUCGUGCAAAUGAGAUAUAUAAGAGGGUUGAAGAUCAAAAGUCUAGUAGAGGGAGAAAUCAAGACGCUUUAUUGGCUGCUUGUCUCUACAUUGCUUGCCGACAGGAAGACAAACCUCGUACUGUAAAGGAAAUUUGCUCUAUUGCCAAUGGGGCUACAAAGAAGGAAAUUGGCCGAGCAAAAGAAUACAUAGUGAAACAACUGGGUUUGGAGAAGGGUCAGUCUGUGGAGAUGGGUACAAUACAUGCUGGGGACUUUAUGAGGAGAUUCUGUUCCAAUCUCGGCAUGAAUAAUCAAGCUGUUAAAGCUGCUCAGGAAGCUGUUCAGAAAUCAGAAGAAUUUGAUAUAAGGAGGAGUCCUAUAUCAAUUACUGCAGCUGUUAUCUACAUCAUAACUCAACUCUCUGAUGAUAAAAAACCUCUCAAAGAUAUAUCAAUUGCAACAGGAGUUGCAGAAGGAACAAUUAGGAACUCCUACAAGGAUCUUUAUCCCCAUGUUUCAAAAAUAAUACCAACUUGGUAUGCUAAGGAGGAGGAUUUGAAGAACCUUUCCAGUCCUUGAAUUGUAGAGCAAAUUAAUAUUUAUUGAACAUGUUAUGUUAUUAGAGCAUUCUGUUUUGGAUGCACUGAACUGUUAGUUAAAAGUUAAAGUGCGCACUAAACCGUUAUUGAAGAGUUAAUGCUGUACAAACGGUGAACCCACCUGCAUCAAUUGAGUUUUCUUGACCCUUC